AGAGCGGCUCCAUAAGGGGGUCCUGAGGCGGUUUCCGGUGAAUGGCGGCGAAGGGGACGAUGCCCGAAAUCCCCUUCACGAGGGUCGUGUCCGUGUCCAGCGAGGACCCGCGGCACCCGGCGCAGAACCUGCUGGACCCCGAUGGCGGGGGGAAAUGGAGGGGGGCGGCGGCCGGGGAGAAACAGCUCAGCGUGGUGCUGGAGCUCGGAGAGUCCCGCCCCAUCCACUCCCUGCACAUCGGGAAUGACGGAGCCGCUUUCGUGGAGGUGCUCGGGGGGUCCUCGGCCGGGGGGGACUUCCAGGUGCUGCUCCCCUCCUCAGCCCUGAUGUCCCCCAGCGAGAGCCGGGCAGGGACGGGGCCCAGGCGGGUUCGGCUCUUUGGACCCGAACACCUGGUGGGGGCCAAACACACCUGGGACCGGCUGAAGGUGGUGCUGAGCCAGCCCUACUGCCAGGUUCGCCCCUUUGGUCUCUCCUUCAUCCGGGUUUUCUCAGUCCCUGAGGAAAACGAGGCCCCACCUGAGACAUCUGUUCGGCGCUUGGGCCCCUUCGUGCUCCGGGGGGAGGGUGGGGAGCCCCUCCGUCCCGGGCCCUGUUCUACCAGCGCCCCUCCUCCACCACAGACCCUCCUAAGGACCCCCAAAGGACCCCCGGCUCCACUACGCCUGUCGCCACCCUCCAGGCCAGCGCAGGUUCCGCCCCCAAGCCCCCAAGCGCGCCGCCCUCCCAGCACCAACGGCACCACCCCCACAAACAGCCCAAGCCCCCGGUCCCCCGGGCCUCGGGGACCCCCAGGCCCCCCAAGCCCCCCAGAGCCCCGGGGUCCCGUGCUGGGGGUGGUGCUGGUGCUGAGCGGGUUCCAGAACCCCCUGAGGGGCCAGAUCCGCGCGGCCGCCGUGGCCUUGGGGGCCCAGUACCGGCCCGACUGGACCCCCGACAGCACCCACCUGGUGUGCGCCUUCCCCAGGACCCCCAAGGCCGCCCAGGCCCGGCAGCUCGGGGGGGUCGUGGUGGGGCCCGACUGGAUCUGGGACUGCCAGAGGGAGCAGAGGAGGCUGCCCUGCGGCCCGUACCUCCUGGACGGCUCCGCCUCCUCGGGCAGUGAGGAGGAGGAGUCUGAGGAUGCCCCGCCCCCUCCACGGCCCCGUCCAUCCCCCAACGCAAAAAAGGGGGCGGGGGCACCUCCUGCUCCUCCCCCACCCGCCACAGCCCCGGCCACGCCCCCUGAGUCGAGUGACAGCGACAACCAAUCAGAGGAGGACGACCCCUACGGAGGCUCCACCGAGGAGAACAGCGAGGAGGAGGAGGGGCCCGAGGAGUCCAUCCCCCCCCUGCCUGACUUUUUUGAGGACAAAACCUUCUUCCUGCACGGGGAGUUCCCGGAGGGGGAGGGCCGGCGGCUGAGACGGCUCGUGAUCGCCUUCGGAGGCACCCUGUCCCCCUCCCUGGAUGACUCGGUGACCCACGUGGUGACAGCGCAGGACUGGGACCCCGCCCUCGAGGAGGCACUGGAGCUCCGCCCCUCGCUGACCUUCGUGCGCCCCCAUUGGCUGGAGCUGUGCGGGGAGCGGCAGCGCCCCCUGCCGGCCGCGCCCUUCGCCGUCGGACCCCGCGCGUGACGUCAUCAGGGUGACGUUGUCACAGCUCCUCCCCCACUUUACACCCUCCCCCACGCCCUAUUCCAAGCGGAAUUAAACUGAUUUUGGGUAAAAUAAUCUGGCGUUGGGUCAGUAGAAUGUCACCCUUUUAAAGAGGGCC